AUGACUUCGCGUUUUGAAGAAAUAAGAGAGGAGUACCGAAGGGAAAUGAAGGAAUUCAAGAGUAAGCUUGAACGCGAUGUACGAAAAGAACUUCGCGAGUUUGAGAAAAGCCUUGACAAUUUCAACGCGAGGUUUGAACAAGUCUUGAAAAAGAAUGAAACCCUUCAAAAAGAAAACCAGGAGUUAAAGAAAGCCAAUGACACUCUCAUGACCGAAUGCACUAAAAUUAAGAAGGAACUAGAGGAGCAAGAGCUCAGGAUUACAGCUAAUGAGCAAUACUCCCGGAACUGCAACGUCGAAAUAAAGGGAGUGCAGGAGAGCAAAAGUGAAGACCUUGUACAGACAGUGUGCCAGAUUGGAACAUCGCUUCAGCAUAAGGUUGAACUGGAUGAUAUUGAAGUCGUGCACAGGGUGAAAACUCGCAACGAUCAGGUGCCAUCUAACAUUGUCGUGCGGUUUAAGAGCCGUUGCAAGCGUGACGCAUUUCUUCAAAAGGCGAAAAAGACUAGGCUUACCAUGCAUGACCUUGGCCACUCCUCAAAUGAACCCAUUUUUGUGAACGAACAUUUGUGUCCACCAUUGAAGCGGCUCUUGGGCAUGGCCAUUGAGAAAAAGAGAGUGUCAAACUGGAAGUUCGUGUGGGUCAAAAAUGGUCAUAUUUUCGCGCGUAAAGAUGAAGACUCCCGAGUUGUCCGAGUGACAUGUGCACGGGACAUUGAUAAGAUUCAGUAA